AUGGGUAUCGAGGAUCUUGUAUCUGCCGAGUCAAUCGAUUCUGUCGACGACUCUGACUCUGAUUUAUCUCAACGCACUUCAGACAGACGCAGACUGAACGACAAAAAGAGAAAAUAUGAAGAAGCAUGCAAGCACUUCCGUUAUCGUGGGGGUCUGACCUACAUCGCAAACGAUCUUUGGACCAAAUACAGACGAUAUGCUAUCGAUACCCCCAUCUAUGUGGGAGCGCGGAAUCCUCCUGGAGCCGCGGCGGGAUCCGAGGAAGCACAGCCAAAUAGCGCAGAUGGAUCAGCCACUGAGAAGACAGAAACACGACCCUUUCGAAUCCGCCUGAUGAGUGAGCCCCUUCACUCGGAAAUGCAGGAUAUUAUGGGGUUAAAGGCUCUCAAUUAUGAUCAUGUCGCACCGUUUCGAGCUAUAAUUCCGUACGAGCAGAAAUUUCGGGCACGGCUGAAAGCGCUAGAAGAACAAUUCGCUGAAUUGGCAGGAAACCAUCCAGAAGCUUUAAUGGUCACUCUUACCAGACCGUGGCUUCCCCUGGAACUGGCUUACCACACUGAAAUAGCUACAGACUAUUUCGGUACGCUGACUGUGGCGAGCGACACUACCUAUGGUUACAUAGAUCUCACACGAAUCCUUUUGGAUGGAUUCAGAGCCUUGGUCUUCCUUUUGGAUAACGACCUAGCAGAUUUAGUGCGAACAUACCACCAAGCUCAGCAAGGCGUUGUAGAGAGUAUCGAAUUCCAUCAGCUCUGGUAUCUUUUCUGGCCGGGGCAGGAGAUUGUUACCGCAGAGCCUGAUUAUCAAGUGCUUCGCGUGCUCUCAGUUUCUGGAGGCCGGAUGUCGGUUGUUCCCAGGAAAAACGAAAGUUCUCGUACCACGGUCUCCAACUUAUUGAUCAACUGCUUUCACUUUGACUACGACGGCCAAUUUGUCCGCCCUGUUCUGAGGAUGCUCUCUAUCGUGCUAUACCCUGGUGAACGACCUGUUACAGCGUUAGAGGUUUUCCCUCUACAAUACCUGGAGAGCUCGGAGAGAUUGAGAAUCCUUCACCGCGGUCAGAGGUUCAGUGAAUUGGCUAGAGGGACACACAGACGAUAUAAGGGGCUGAACAUGACGACUCACGAGUUCCGCAAGCUUGAAGAGGUUCGUGUCCGCAAUUUCCUCCCGAAUACACAUAGACUAACCACUCGAGCUCUAAAGAUAGAUGGUGAUGUUAUUAUUGACUUUGAAAUGGCUUUUCGAAGUCAAAGCCAAGGCAUUUGCCCGCCCGAAUUUAAUAGGACAAUUCAACUCAUCGACGAAGACGAAGCAGAGACCAAUGAUCCUGCCUCGGGGAUUAGCUAUGAUGGCGAGGAGUUCCGAGCUCGGGCCUACUUGGAAUUUAUUGGAGAAACUACGCUUCUCGAGCCCUGUCAUCUUAGAUUCAUGGAGAAGGAUCACCUGUUUCUCCUUCCAGCCAGGGUAUUCGGAUAUGUCCUUCUUAGCCGCAGGUGGUAUCCUUUGAGCAUAGAUUUGGUAACGGAAGUGCACACGAUCGAGGAAGGGGACUACGAUGCCUUUGACGACCUUGUUCUGCCUAAACGGCACCGCAACAUCAUAAGAGCACUGGUGAAGACCCAUGCGCGGGCCAAACCUAGCAUGGAGGCAGAUCCCCUGGAUGCAGAUCCCCUGGACUUGCCUGUGCGACGAGACUUCGAUAUCGUCAGGGGUAAGGGGAAAGGGCUGAUCAUCCUCCUUCAUGGAGCUCCAGGCGUCGGAAAGACAUCGACGGCUGAAUGUGUCGCUGCCCACACUGGCCGACCUUUGUUUCCGAUCACUUGUGGCGACCUUGGCGGAACCACCGCACAAGAAGUCGAACAAAACUUGGAGAAGUUCUUUGAUAUGGCGAUGAAAUGGGGCUGUGUACUGUUACUUGACGAAGCGGAUGUGUUCCUGGGAGAACGUAUUCAGGGAAAUCUUCAGCAGAAUAGUCUCGUUUCCGUUUUCCUUCGUGUGCUCGAGUACUACUCUGGUGUUCUCAUUCUGACGACGAACCGCGUCGGUCAGUUUGACGAAGCGGCGACGUCCCGAAUCCACUGUGCGUUAUACUACCCUCCGUUCAGCAAGAAGAGAGCCCUUGAGGUAUGGCAGAAGAACGUGGACCGACUCAAGCGCACCAACGAAGCUUCCAAUGUUCCUCUCCGGUUCAACGAGAAGAAGAUCAUGAAAUUUGCCGAAAAACAAUGGGAUGCCGGAAGUCGCUGGAAUGGGCGUCAGAUCAAGAAUGCGUUCCAGACUGCCGCGGCCCUAGCAGACUGGGAUCAUUUGAAAAAGCCGCGAGACGAGGAGUCCACCCCCGAGCUGCGGGUCAAGCAUUUUGAGGCGGUCGUCGAGACCAGCAAUCACUUUGAGUCGUACCUGACCGCGGUGCGCAAGUCUGACCGUGAACGUGCCAGAACGAACCUUCUCCGAAAGGGACGAUGUGGACCGGAGUCUACCAGACUAUGA